AUGGUGACGGCUUUGCUGAUGGUUUGUCUCCUUGCCAGCUCUCUCUCUAAUGAGAUCCUGGGACUGAAGUUGCCACUGGAGCCUGUGUUGAAUGCCAACACAGUCUGCUUGACCUUGCCUGGGCUGACACGGCGACAGUUGGAGGUGUGUGUGCGGAAUCCUGAUGUGACGGCUUCUGCCAUUCAAGGCAUCCAGAUUGCCAUUCAUGAGUGCCAGCACCAGUUCCGUGAUCAGCGCUGGAAUUGCUCUAGUCUGGAGACCAAGAACAAGAUCCCCUAUGAGAGCAUCAUCUUCAGCAGAGGUUUCCGGGAGAGCGCUUUUGCCUACGCCAUUGCGGCCGCAGGGGUGGUCCACGCCGUGUCCAAUGCGUGCUCCCUGGGCAAGCUGCAGUCCUGUGGCUGCGACCAGAAGCGCCGAGGCGACGAGGAGGCUUUCCGCCUCAAGCUGCACCGUCUCCAGCUGGAGGCCAUGAACAGAGGCAAGGGCAUGAUGCAUGGCGUGCACCUGGAGCACAUGCCGGCCGAGGCUCCAGGCCUGCAAGACUCCUGGGAGUGGGGGGGCUGCAGCCCUGAUGUGGACUAUGGAGAGAAGUUUUCCAAGGACUUCCUGGAUUCCCGGGAGACAUACCGAGAUAUCCACUCCCGUAUGAGGCUGCACAACAACCGUGUUGGCCGCCAGGUGGUGAUGGAGAACAUGCGGAGGAAAUGCAAGUGCCACGGCACCUCUGGGAGCUGCCAGUUGAAGACGUGCUGGCAAGUGACCCCCGAGUUCCGGCUGGUGGGCUCCCUUCUCAAGGAGCGCUUCUAUGGAGCCAUGCUGAUCCGGCCCCACAACAGGAAUACGGGGCAGAUGGAGCUGGGUCACGGCCGCCACCGGCGCCGGGCUGGUGUCAGCGACCUGAUCUACUUUGAGAAAUCGCCAGACUUCUGUGAGAAAGAACCGGCCCUGGACUCCAUGGGGACGCAGGGGCGCCUGUGCAACAAAACCAGCCCGGGCAUGGACAACUGUGAGAGCCUGUGCUGCGGGCGGGGGCACAACAUCCUGCGGCAGACGCGCAGCGAGCGCUGCAACUGCAAGUUCCACUGGUGCUGCUUCGUGGCCUGUGAGGAGUGCCGGCUUACGGAGUGGGUCAGCGUCUGCAAGUGA